CAAAUCUGUAAUCAUAAUAUUAAAGCCAGUAAAGCCAUAAUGCUCAAAACAAAACCAGCAACAUUGAAAGGUAGCAAGAUGAAGUGUAUUAAAUACACGAAACCUUCUGUAAAUGAUCUUAAAGAAUUUCGCAAAAAUGCUAAGGUCAAAACCAUUCAUAAAGUGACACAAAUGUUGAUCAGGAUUGUGGAGGAGUUUUAUUAUAAAAUAGAAUAUGAAGGAAAGAUCAAAGAAAUUUAUUAUAAAACAGUAUUAGAAGAUCAACUCUCCAAGUUCAUAUAUGCAAUGAAGAGAAAGAAUGGUAAGAAAUAUCAUGCUACCUCUAUAAGAAAUUGUUUAACAGCAAUUUGGUAA